GUUUCACUGCUUCUCACUUCACUGUGAACUCGCCUGACUGCAGUGUUUGGUACCUUCAUUGUUUCAUCUUUACAGCGUUGCAGAAUAGGUUCUGUAUUUGUGCUGCUCUUUUGUUGGUGAUCCUCUCUACAGCUCUCUGCAAAAAGGUGACUUGGGGGUUCUUGUACCCUAAAGUGGCAUCCAGGGGAAGUCUGGGGGGAUGGUGCCCUGGCCUGUGGGAAUGGAGCAGCAGGAGUGAGGAUAAAGAAAUGCAGUGCAGCAAUGCAAAGUGGUAGGAGUCUACCAGAAAUGCUGUGUGAAAGAGACUUGGCAUGGGAAUUGUACCAGUGAGCUUUUGGCAUAGCAGAAAACUCUAGUCCUGUUUCCACCAAGGUGGGAUAUAGGAGGGGAGGAAGGGGAGAUCCCUGGGUGCAGUGAGGGACAGACGGGAAGAGCUGAAAUAGGUUUGAGGAAACAAUUUAGGGUUUCUACUUUGUUACUGCUGCAAUCUGUGCCCUCUGAGCUGGAUACAAAAAUCCUGCAGUUCCCUGGUGUGGGAUAGAGCUGGUGCCAGCUAUCCUCAAGCUUCCUUAAGGUGGCAAAGCAGUGGCACAGCUCUAGAGCAGCUGUGUAUGAAGUUCUGAUGUAUUGGGUUUAACAUGACUACCUAAAAUGAUCCCUGCUUGGUUGUAACAUCAAACUAGGACUUCUGGUGUCUGCAAGGCUUUUUGGCCCUUCAUGCCAAAGCAGGGUUUAAUGGUAAAAAAAUCAAAUAACUAAAGCCAGUGGUUUAGUUAUUAACUGGUUCUCAAGUGUCAGACCAAAAGCUUAUAAACACUGUCACUUAAUUUAUGUUUGCUGCUUUACUGUUGAUAGUUGCAAAUUACCUUCUACUGUGUGUGAUAGAAUCCUAGUUAAUCAACUUCUAACCUAGUGUUUGGCAAUAAUUUAAUUUAGAGGGCUUUUAGGGUGAGGUUGAUGUGCAUUCCAUUUAUAAAAGAGUUCAUCUUAGCCCGUGGUACUGCUUCCUGUGAACAGCUCUGACAUAAAUGAGCAGUUCGUUCCAAAAUGCAGAGGUAAGGAUAUGGGAACUCUCCCUGGCUGCUGGAACUGCUGUUGCCUAGUAUGUGAUGCUGGGUGUCGCUCCAUCCACCACCACUCUCUGGGCCCAGCCAUCCAUCCAGUUCUUUUAGUGAACAGUGCACCCCUCCAAGCCAUGAGCAGCCAGUUUCUCCAGGAGAAUGUGGGAAAUGGUGUCAAAGGCUUUCCUGAAGUCCAGGCAGGCAGACAGCAGCGACAGCCUUUCCCCCAUCCACGAAGUGGGUCACCUGGUCAUAGAAGGAGAUCAGGUUGGUCAAGCAGGACCUGCCUUUCACAAGCCCACAGUGACUGGGUCUGAUGCCCUGGUUAUUGCACUAGUGCCACUUGAUGGUGCUCAAGAUGAUCUGCACCAUGACCUUCCCCAGCACGAAGGUCAGGCCUGUAAUUCCCUGGAUUCUCUUUCCAGGCCUUCUUGUAGCUCAUUACAUACAUCAGCCUUCUCCUCCUCCGACUGCCUGCCUACUGCUUUGCACACAUGCCUCAGAACAAAAUUUUAAACACAUUUUUUUCACUCUUAUUCUUUCCCUUCCUGCCAAAAAAAUUCGACACGUCUUUGUACAUUGUUCAAAAGGCAUACACUGAAAUUCACAGUAACCUGUUGCUGCUCAGCCAGCCCCAGAUUUGGCUUUUAAGGUGACAGAGCAUUUCCCAGUAUCAGGCUUUGUUUGCACUGAUUCUCUGUGCAUGGAUGCUUUGGGCUGUGGUUUCUCUGUGUCAACAAUGUGGUAGUUUCAGACCUCAACUUCCUACUGCAGAAAUCACAUGUUUUUGUAGGUGCUACUUUGUCUUCUUAGUAACAGGAGCUGCAAGAAAUGACAGAGAUGGAGUGAGCUGGGACACUGUGCUGCUCUAGUGACGUUUGCCUUUGAUAGGUGGUCGAUGAAGAUGCACUGUGAAAAGUAAGCUCGUGUAAUAGGCACUGAUAUGAUGUUAGUUAAACCACAGGCCCAGCUGGCACAGCUCAUUUCCAAAGGGACCUCUGGUUUUGGAAUUAGAAUAUGAAGUUUUAGUGGUAGGUUUGAAUUUAUCUAAGUAAUUUGUCAGUCACGAUGGUGGACAUCUACCUAGUUGAAUGGGUGUGAAAUAGGAUGCAGACUUCAACAUAGGGUCCAUUUUUUCCUCUAAAGUAUUUUAAAUACCAAUGACUUCAGGAUACAACACUUAACAAAACUACUGGUUGUUAAUUUCUGAGGCAUCAUUUUUUUGUGUUGCAGAAUAAAAGCCCAAACCCAGAGCCACUUACUAACCAUUUCCACUGGAAUCUAGCAGAAGACAGAAUCCCUCAGGAGAACAGAUAGCCCUAAGGUUAGAGCUGCUGCUCUUCUGUGCUGUGGAAAUCUGGAGAUUGCAGCUUCAGUUACAUCCUGCUGGUAGCGGGGCCACCAUGCCAGGGCAAUUGGCAGCUACGUGGGACUCUGGUCCCAGGAGGUUGGAUCAGCUGGAAGAGUGACUCCAGAGGAAAUGAGGCUUUAUUUGCUUUUUCUCCUCUGAUACACUUGCAGGAGUUUCCCUUUGCAGUCUGUAUCUGAUCAACAUCUCUCACAAUCUCAGAACUGAGGAUGAAAUAUGAACUGCAAAAUUCUUAGUUGACCUUGGGGAGCUUAGGCUGGUGGGAGGAACACUGGGAAGCUCAGGUCUGGUCUAUAAUCUGAUCUGUGGCCAUCUUGAUAAUCAAAAUUUGAUUACUGCAAAGUGCAUUUUCUAUAAAGAUUGUCAGCAGAUGCUGUACAUUUUUCAAGGCAGCUUUCUAACAUGCAUUGCUGAAAUGAUGGAUGUAUGGGUAUUAUUUUCUUUACCUGAAAACUGUAAAAUAUUUGAGUGAAAUUGUAAAGGCAGUCAGAGAAUCUCGUCAUUUUAAUUGCACAGUUUCAGUGCUUCUAGCAGGAAAUGUACAGCAUGUGACAGUUCAGUUUUGUAAGUAGAUCAAUAGAACAGAUUAGUUCAGUUUUUACAGAAGUUGCUAGUAUUAGAGAUAUAGUGGGAUCAUGGUUUGUAAACCUUAAACCACACUUUCCUGCACAACAAUCUGCAAAGAUAUUCUCCUCUGUAAAGCAGGUAUGUGAUUUCCAGCUGCAAGAAGCUUCUUUUUUCACGGGGGCUAAAUGAAUGUUGUUUGUUUGAUCGUGCAUCCCGUGUUGCCCUCUGGUUUGUGCUUGAGUGAUCAAGUGUUUUGUGAACUGCAGGGCUUGUCAUGAGCCAUUUUGUGACUCUUCGUGUUUUCGGGGCCAGACUUCAGCCAGCAGGAAUGGAAACCCUGGAUCUGCUGAGGAAUUGUUUGGUGUGCAAGUGGGACCUGCGGAGGAGGGACCCCAGAAUGCUGCCCUGCCUCCAUUCCUUCUGUAAGGACUGCCUUCCAGAUUUGGUUCAAGGAUACAGCUGUAUUCCCACUGAGUAUGAAGUUCUCUAUGAAGGUAUCCUUUCCUGCCCUGUGUGCAAACAGACCUGCUUUGCAAAGGAUGUAGUUGAGAAUUUCUUCCUCAAGGACUUUCCCAUUGGUGAUUCAGCUAUGGCAAAGAGCUGCUCCAUGUGCAAAGAGAAGAGACCUGCCCACAGCCUCUGUACAAGAUGCAACAAGUGGCUGUGCAGCUCAUGCACAGAGGAACACAGACAUGGCAAGGAACCUGGAGACCGCUUCCUGUCUGUAUCCCUGAAAGGCUGCACAGCAGCUGAAGGUGAAGCAAGGGAGUUUUCCUUGUUUUGUCCCGUGCACCCCCAGGAGCCCCUGAAGCUGUUUUGUGAGACCUGUGACACCCUCACCUGCUGCAGCUGCCUCCUGUCAGAGCACAAGGAACACAGGUUCAGGCAUCUUGAUGAAGCUCUGCAAAAUCAAAGAAUCAUCCUGGAGAAUGUCAUAACUAAAGUGGAGGAGAAAAAAAAUGGGAUUCAGGUUUCAGCUAAACAGAUUGAAGACAGGUUGCUUGAAGUAAAACAUUUGUACAAAAAGGUGGAGAACCAAAUAAAAAUGGCCAAGAUGGUUCUGAUGAAUGAAAUCGAUAAACGAACAAAUAUCCUCCUUGAACAACUUGAAAAAAUCACCAGCGAGAGGAAGCAGAGGCUGGAGCAACAACUGCAAGGUGUUGUGGUUUUAGGCAGACAGGUAGAGCAUGUCCAGAACUUCAUCAGCUGGGCCGUGUGUAGUAAAAAAACCAUCCCAUUUCUCUUCAGUAAGGAACUGAUUGUGUUUCAGAUCCAACGCUUGCUAGAGACAAACUGUAACACAGACAUGGGCCCUCCUCUGAAGAUCAGAUUCACUUGGGAUCCCUCCUACUGGACUAAGCAACUCUCCAAUUUGGGGGGUUUCACCAUGGAAGGUGGACACAUUUCUCACCCAGAUGUGCUACUCUGUGGAAAUAUUCAAGGAUUACAAACCUCUCUGUACCACGGGCACCACUCCGCAGCCUCACAGCUGGAGAGCAGCCAGCCACACCAGUUCCCACCUGCGAUCCAGUGCUCCGCACCGGUGUGUUGCUCCCACUGCCUCAGCAUUCCUCACCCAAACAAACCUCAGCCUUCCUACCAAGACAUGAACCACCAUAAAAGCUUCCACCAGCCUCCUGCACUUCAUCAGCAGCACUUCCCCGUGCAGUACAGCCUGCAGCAGCAGGACAGAGAGCUCCGGGGUGCCCCCCAGCCCGUGAAGCUCCCGCAGGCUGGGCUGGAGCAGCAGCCACGCUCAGAGCCGGAGAACGUGACCGGGCGGGUGGGAAAGCCCUUCCCACCCCAGCAGCUGCAGCAGGGUUGUGCUGUUGUGUCACACGAGGCUCAGCAGGUCCACACGAGCCACCCACAGGCUUCUGUGCAGGCAUCAGCUGUGGGAGUGCAGCUGGGCCAGCUCCAGAAGAUAAAAUCUAACCACAUGCUGCAGCCACCCCUGCAGCAGCAGCAGCAGCUGCCACUGACACCCCCAUCGCCAGGGCACGACGAGGGCACCCACAAGCAAGUCAUCCAGCAGAGCCUGGACAUCAUGCACCACCAGUUUGAGCUGGAGGAGAUGAAAAAGGAUCUGGAGCUUCUCCUGCAGGCCCAGGGACAGCCCAGCUUGCAGCUAAACCAAGCCAAGCCACCUCAGCAGGUUCAACAGACCAUAGUUGGUCAGAUCAACUACAUAGUGAGGCAGCCAGCCCCAGCACAGCAACAAAUCCAAGAUGAAGCACAAGUCUGUGAGAGCUCCACAGAACCUGAUGACCAGAAGCCUGUCAUUCCUCUUGACAAAAGUGGCAGUCCCUCCCUGUCACAGUCAUUAGAUGAAGAAGCCAGUGUCAGGAGCCACUCCCCUGAGAGCACACUGCAGCAGUCAACUUUCCAUCCAGUGAGAAAGCGUUCAGCAUCCUUAAGCUUUGUGGGCUUUCCAAACUGUUCAGAAAUGGAAUUAUCUCCAGCAAGGUUAUCCAGCUCGGCUGACCCACAGGUGAAAUGUGCAGCUGCUGUGACACUUGGCCCGUCCCCAAACACCCUCUGUGACUGUGAUACUCCACCAGAGCCCCUGCCCAGCUACAGCCUGGCACUGGGCAGAGCUCCCAGUGACCUGAGCCCUGGGGCUCCUGCUGGCCUCACACCAGGUGAUGCACUCCAGGGAGGCACCAAAUGCAAGCUGGAAAAUGAAGACCUCAGUGCUGUGGAUUGUCUUCUAGAAAACAGCUUGGCUACUGCUGGGCAAGAGGUAGUUAAUGAAUUAACUCUUUCUAUGCAAAAAGUGAUGGAAGAACCUAUUAAUCUUUCAAUCAAAAAGUCUCAGCAUUGCACUUCUCCUUCUGAACUGCUCAGCAACACUUCUUUCCUGCCUGUGAAUGCCAGAAUGAGACAACCUAGAAGCAAAGAAGAUUCCAAUAACUGUGAAAAGGAACAUUUUGAAAUGGAUAUGAAAAGCAAUCAGAAUGUCAGAGCUGCCCCUAAGGAGCAGAAGAUCCCCUAUGUGCGACUGGAACGUCUGAAAAUAUCAGCCUCAGAAGUGGGGGAGCUCCCAGUGUUUAAGCUCCAGCCACAGGACAAUGAGCAGGAGGGCAAUUUCCUCCUGGUAAUUGAGUGUGGGACACGGUCCUCAAGUAUGUCCAUAAAGAUAAAUAAAGAUAGUCUAGCUGAAGGACAGAAGUCCAAGGAAGAGAACUCAGAGGACAGAAGAUUUCUUAUCUCCCAGGCUGCAGGACAGACACAAUCUCCUCCUGUAGAUACUUUGUCUGUUGAUCAGAAACUCAGCAAUGGCAUCUCCAGCAUGAAAAAAUCCCCAGUUACUCAGGAAGUCAGUCCAAUUGAAAACGAGGAUUUCUGUGCUGUGUGUCUUAAUGGAGGAGAGCUGUUGUGCUGUGAUCAUUGCCCCAAGGUCUUCCAUCUCUCCUGCCAUGUUCCAGCCCUGCUCAGCUUUCCAGUGGGAGAAUGGGUGUGCUCGCUUUGCCGCAACCCAGUGAAGCCAGAGGUGGAAUAUGACUGUGAAAACACACGCUACAACCACAGCUACAAUGCACAAUAUGGCCUUGGUGACUGUGACCAGAAGAAGUGUGAAAAGCUGGUGCUUUCCCUGUUCUGCAGCAGUAUGAGCCUCCCGUUCCAUGAACCCGUCAGUCCCCUGGCUCGGCAUUAUUAUCAGAUCAUCAAAAGGCCAAUGGAUUUGUCCACCAUACGAAAGAAGCUGCAAAAAAAGGACAAGUCCCACUAUUCUGCACCUGAGGAACUUGUGACUGACGUGCGUCUCAUGUUUUGGAACUGUGCAAAGUUCAAUUAUCCAGAUUCCGAGGUUGCUGAGGCUGGACGAUGCCUGGAUGAGUUCUUUGAGGACAAACUGAAAGAGAUUUAUCCAGACAGGCAUUUCCCUUCAAUGCAACAAGAUGACUCUGAUUCUGAAGAUGUGGAAAGCCAGAACAGCCAGGUGCCAUGCCAGGAUUUCCAGUGGCCGUCGUACGGGCAGGAGUGCGUUCAGCCCAAAAGGAAACGGCGCCACGCUGAAAGCGAAAAAACUAAAAGAAUGAUGUUUCAGCCAGCUAACAGCCUUCCUCAGGUAUGACCUCCUCAAGAUAUGAGAUUUGAGGAAUCCAGCAGCGUGACUGGCAGAGUUAAGGUGUGUGGGAGGAAAGCAAAGCACUUGGGCUGUUUAUUUAAACUCUCCUAUUCUGCUGACCAUAUGCCUUAUUUCCAGAUCUUGUGGAUAGACAACAGAUCCAAAAUGUUUAAAUCUGUCAAUAUUCCACCUGUUAAAUCACGUGUAUGUCUUGCAGUGUUUACACUGAAGUACUAAUGUUUUGGUCAUAGGUAAUGAUAAAUAAUAAUAUCUCAUACUGCAGUACUGUUUCAUAAUCUGUUGAAUGUGACAUCUCUAUUUUAUAGAGCACAGGUAACCAUGUAAUAAUCUGGCAAUCUCAAUGUGAAUGUUGGCCAUGCUUUGUGACAAAUACAAUGUGUAGCCGUUAAGGCUGUAAUCCUGUUGUUUUAUUCAAUGCUUCUUCUGGGAGCUUGGCUGCUCAAAGCCUAUGAGAUACAGUAUAAUGUGAUUAUCUGAUUAGCUGUUUCUUUUGAAGCACAGCAUUUUCAUUAAAUCAUGAAAGAACAAGUGCUAAUAGUGCUAAUACAAGGGCUCUGUGAGAGCUGUUUCUCAGUGCGUACUGGGUGCUCUGUUUGCAAGGCAUGAUUCUUCUGGAAUCUAAUUCAUGCUUGGUAAAGCAGUGUGGGAUUUUGUAGCUCUCAAAGGCAGCAUUUUUAUACAACCCAAGGCAGUUGUUUUUCUAUGAAGCAGAUAUUGGAAUUCACUAAAUUAACUAUGCAGUGAAUUACAUGGUUAUAGAAGUGCCUAUAAAAUAACGUCAUUUAUUUCUGAUUUUCUCUUUGCUUAUUACCUGUAGUUGUGAUUACCAGCAGUACUAGAAGAUGAUGAUGCAUAUAUAUGUAGAAGGUCAAACAGAAAGAAAGACCGUCUAAGCCUUUUUUUUUCUUUUUUUCUUGCUGAAUUUCACAAUGUACGGGCAGAACACCACCAACAGCAGGUUUAGAGUUCCCUUGAACAAAGGUUGCAUGUCACCGUAAAGUCUGAAGGGUGGGAUGGGUAACAGGACAUCACACCUGAGCAGAGUGAUAGUUUGCAAGCUGCUUCCCACCCCUUCCAGCAGCAGGUGAGCCAGAUCUUUGCAUGGCCAGGGCUUUCUUCACGUAUGUGAGGGACAUCUUCCUCCUUAGAGCUCCGCCCAGCAGAAUAAUCUGGGCUGGGGUCCAGCUCUGGGAGAGGAGGUUGUUGCAGACCUCAAACACAAUUAAAGGUCAUUUUAGUUAGGUUCCUGUAAAUAAAGAUGAUAUUUUCAGCAUAGUUUAUAUAGGCUAUUUUGUCUGGUAACCAUGUAUGUUAUUUUAGAUAACACUUUAAAGUAAAGGUUUAUAUAUGAAAUAAUAAGACAUGAAUGUUAUAUUCUGCUAUCCGUGUGACUUACUGUUUGCCCUUAACUUGGUAGUGAGCUCAUCUUUUCUUUCCUUUGAAGAAAUGAAAAUCUGGAUAUUAGAAAUCGACUGACAAACUGUGAGAUGAGGGGACAGAAAAAUGUACAUUUUCUAAAUGUGAAUCCAUAUAUGUUUUCUUUCUGUCAAAUUCCUCAAAACAGAGUCUUGGCACAGGGCAAUGAGUGCCGGUUUGUCACUGAAUUAAUCACCCUUAUCUGUGCUACAGGUAUCCCUUUUUCUCAGUUCCUCCACCAAAGACCUAUCUUUUAUGAUGAAUAGUGCAAAAAUUAUAUGCUCUCUAGAUUUCAUCUAGGGGCAGUGGUAGAAAUGUGAGAGAUUAUUGAUGGCUUCCUCUUUUCCUGGAAGAGCAGAGUCAACAAGAGCCUCUUUCUGUUUCUUAAAGGCUGUAAGGUUAUUAACAGUACCAUUAAUUUUGGAGAACACCUGUUGAAAUAAAAUGUAUCCAGGGUAUAUUAUGCCUUUAUUAAAAACAGAAGUUUUCCAAUUUGUUGUCAUAAAUAAAACACCUUUUGGGGGGUGUGUGCUGGCAGGACUGAAUGACCUGAGCACUCUUAAGGCUAACUUAGAUUCUGAUUAAUACUCUAAGACUAGUAACUAUUUAAAAAAAACCCUCAUAAACCUCAUGUCAUGUUGGUAAGCAGAACAAAACCUGAAGUCCUAUGUAUGACUUCAUAUGCUUUCAAACGUGAAUCUGUGGUCAGCAAUUCGCAACAGAGUGCAGGUUAUAAGAGCAAUGUAUUUUUCCUGCGUGUAAUAGGUUACAUGUAGAAAGGGAAAAUCCUUUCUGUGUUUAGUUGGAAAAGAGAUUAAUUGCACUUUGAUAAUAGGUCUGUCAAAGAAGAAACGGCAGCUACAGAUUUGGCUUUCAUUCCCCCCUCCCAACAAUUUCAAAGACCUGCUUGUUCCAGUAUCAUGACAGGAGAAUGGCAUCACAGUUAAUACAAACAGAUGUCUAACCAUACAGAUUAACCAAUGACUGCAUGUUUAUGUGUGUAAUGUGCACUGCUGAACAAUAAAACAUGUGAAAUAUCUUCUUGCACAUUAA